AUGGGAGCCGCUGGAGGUGUCUUUCUCCGCUUUUGCGGCCUAGUUAUACGAUUCCUGCAGUUCCUCGUGGGAGUCGUCAUCCUUGGUAUCUUCUCAUACUUCCUCGCCAUCCUCAGUCACCAUAACCAGACGAUCGCAACUUGGGUGAAGGCUGUCGAGGGUCUGGCUGGCGCUACCACUUUGUAUGGCCUGCUGGGCACUAUCUUUGUCUGCUGCCUGGGCGGAGUCGCAUUCUUCGCUUUCCUGGGAGUCGUUUUCGACGUCCUUUUCAUGGGCGCCAUGAUUGCUGUCGCCAUCUUGACUCGCCAUGGUGUGAACAAGUGCAGUGGCAUCGUCGAUACCCCCGUCGGUAAGGGUAACGCCAAUGAUGACAGCCCCUCCGACCUGAGGUACAGGACGGCUUGCAGACUAGAGAAAGCCGUAUUCGCAGUCUCGAUCAUUGGAAUCUUCUUCUUCCUGGUUUCUGUGUUCUUCCAAGUCCUCUUGGCCCGCCACCACAAGCGCGAGAAACGCUUCGGUCCCUCUCCCGCCAACGGAUACACAUCUGGCAGCCGCAGGUGGUUCUGGAGCAAGAACAAGAAUGCCCCCGACGCGGCCGGUGAAAACAUCCUCCCUGGGCACCCUACUCCUCAUGACAUCGAGUAUGGCACGCAGCCCCAGAAUGAGAAGUCGUGGUUCGGUGGCUUCGGCCGCAAGAAGAACAAUGGCACUGGCGCCCCAGCAGCCACCGGGGCCAAUGGGUAUGGCUAUGGAAAUUCCGCCUACACCGGUAACAUGUAA